AUGGGGCGAAAGAAGAAAGGCGGCGGCGACGGCGCGCCAAAUCCCGCCUCCGCGGACGCGGAGUGGGAGGACGAACUCACGGCGCUGCAGGCCAUCUACGAGGACGACUUCGCGUUCGACGAGCGCGAGCGAAGGCAGUUUCGCAUCGUCGUGACGCCGCCGUCGGACGCGUCGCCGCCGUCGAGCCCCGCGCGCGCAUCGCCCGCGUCGCUCCUCGCGACGACGACGACGACAUGCGAGAAGAGCGCCGUCCGCGCGGUCAUGGUCGUGAAGCACGCGCACGGGUACCCGAGGAAACCGCCCGUCGUGAGCCUCGACGCGGAGGAGAGCGUCGGGAUCUCGCCGAGCGCGUUGCGCGCGCUGGAGCGCGCGCUCGCGGCGCAAGCGAACGACCUCGCGCGCGAGGGCGAAGUCAUGGUGUUCAACCUCGCGGAGGCGCUGCGAGAGCGACUCGCGAGCGCGAUUGAGGACGAGAGCAGCCUGUGGGACGCGAUGAUGCACCGCGAGACGGACGCGCGGCCGGCGCCGCCGCCGGCGAACGCGUCGGCGGGGGCGGCGGCGGCGGCGGCGACGCCCGCAGCGCUCGAACGCGAAGACGACGACGACGACGACGACGACGACGACGACGUCGAGGCGUACGGCGAGGCGUUCGACGACGACGACGACGACGACUGGGAAGAAGUCGCCGCGGCCGCCGCGACCGCCGCGUUGGGCGGCGACGGCGGCGGCGGCGGCGGCGGCGGGCUCGGCGGGCUCCCGCGCGUCGCCGCGCCGCGGGCGCGUCGGACGCGGUCGACGAAGACGACGAGGACGACGCCCGCGCCCGCGGGGGACGUCGACGUCGACGUCGACGAGCGCGCGGCGCCCGGCGCGACGACGACGACGACGACGACGACGACGUUGAAGAAGAGUAAGAGCGUCCCGGUCGAGCGGACGAGACCGUCCGCGCCCGCGGUGUCGCCCGGCCGAGGCGCGAAGAGCGACGCGUCGUCCGAGAGCGAAGAGAGCCAGAUGGAGGAGAGCGACUCGAGCGACUCGGGCGACUCUUCGGGGUCCGAGUCGGCGGAGGACUCGCAGGACGCGAGGGACUGGCUCGCGAUGGACGCCGCGUCCGCGUCCGACGGACGUCGUCGAGGCGCGCGCGAGGCUGCGUUCUCUUCCUCCGUCGGCGGGUCGUCCUCCGACCUCGUCGACUCGCUCGUUCGCGGGCUCUCGUUCUUGGGCAGCGCCGUGCACUCGUUCGGCGACGCGAGAGAUGAGGAAGACGACGACGACGACGACGACGACGGAUGGAUGCGCGACGACGACGGCGACGACGACGCCGACGUCGUCGGCGGACGAAAGAAAAAGGGCGGCGUCCCCGGACGGAGGCGCGAGCAGAUGCUCCACCUCCUCGUCGGCCACCUCCUCUCGCUGCUGUGCGAACGCGACGGCCCGCUGCCUCACGCGCUUCCCGCGCUCGCGGCGCAGUUACGCGCGUGCGGCGUCAUCCCGCGGUGGCUGCGCGAGGUGCUUCUGCACCGUCCGCGGCAUUUUCACCGCGCGUUCAGGAGGGCGUUCGACGCGGAGGAUCGCGCGGCGGCCGCGAGCGUGGACGCGGCGAAUCCGGCGUUCGCGUGGGCGGCGUCGAAAUUUUGGCUCGGGGGAGAGAACGUCAACGUUAAUAACGUCAACGUCAACGCGGCGACGAAGCGCGUCGUCGGAGCGCCCGCCGGGGCUGGGUUCGCCGCGCCGCCGCCGUCGAGCCCCGGGAAGAGUCGGCUGUCCUCCGUCGUCGCGGCGGCGGCGGACCGCGCGGGCGGGGCGGGCGGGUCGCGACCGACCGACCAACCCCAGCCCGCGCUGCCGCCGUCUCGGUACGCGCUCGACUUUCAAGAGAUUCGACAGCUCGGCCGCGGCGCGUUCGGAAGGGUCGUGCUCGCGGUGAAUCGUCUCGACGGGCGCGAGUACGCGAUCAAAAAAGUGCGCAUGGCGACGCGGGGCGGGAACCCGGUCUCUCCCGCGGCCGCGGCGAGGGUGCUGCGAGAGGUGGCGACGCUCUCGAGGCUCGAGCACGACGCGGUGGUGCGGUACAACCAGGCGUGGAUGGAGGAGGCGAGCGAACCCGUCGCCGGCGCGCGGCGGAAGAACCGCGACCGCGGCGGUCGCGCGCUCAGUGUUGACAGCGGCGGCGGGACGUCCACGGACGAGGCCGCGGCGUGGGGUGUCACGGAGACGACGGACGGGGACGGGGGGACGACGACGACGACGACGAUGACGACCCCGGGCGGGUCGCGGCAUCUCUCGCGGUCGGCGGCGGCGGCGGGCGCCGGAGGCGGCGAGUCGGCGUCCGCGACGACGCGAGUGAUGUGGCUCCACAUUCAGAUGGAAUACUGCACGCGGACGCUGCGCGACGUCUUAGACCGCGAGGCGGCGACGAACGCGCCGAUCGACGAGGAGCGCGCGUGGGCGUGGGGACGGCAGAUCUUAGAAGGCCUCGCGCACAUCCACGCGCAGGGGAUCGCGCACCGGGAUCUCAAGCCUGGCAACAUUUUCGUGGACGCGCGCGGGAGGUUAAAAAUCGGCGACUUCGGGCUCGCGAAGUUCGACGCCGGGAAAGGCGACAACGACGACGAGGACGACGCUGACGAGGACGACGACGACGGUAAGGUUAGCGGCGAGGACGGCGUCGACGUCGACGACGCGGACGCCACGGGCGCGGUCGGGACGUAUCUGUACACCGCCCCGGAGGUGGACGCGGGUUCGUUCCGGCGGAGCGGCAAGGUUGACCUCUUCAGCGCGGGCGUGGUGUUUUACGAGAUGUUACGGCGGUUCUCGACCGGGAUGGAGCGCGCGGUGGAGUUAAACGCGCUUCGCGCGCCGCCAGUGCCGGGGAAGAGCGGCAAGGAGCGUCUGCCCGCGGACUUCCGGGCGAAAUACCCGGCGCAGAGCGCCCUGGUCACCGCGUUGCUGUCGCCGGAUCCGAACGAGCGCCCGUCCGCGACGGAGGUUCUCAAGAGCGGGUUCCUUCCCCCGAAAGGCGGCGACGAGGCCCUGGAGGAAGUCUUGACCGCGGUCGAGAAAGGCGGCGCGGAGCACGACCGCGUCGUCGAGCGGCUGCUCGGCGACGGCAGCGCGGGCGCGCGCGUCGCCGCGAGGGCGGCGGCGGCGGAGAGAGGCGCGCCGGAAGCCGUCGACGGCGCCGCCGGCGAGAAGAUGCUCGCGACGCUCCGCGCGGCGUUUCGAAGGCACGGCGCGUCGCCGCUGUCGUCGCGCGUGGUGUCGUGGGCGCGCGAGGGCGGCGGCGGCGGCGGCGGCGGCGGCGCGGCGGCGGGGGAGGAAGGGCACCGUCUCCUGACGCGAUCGGGCGCGCUCGUCGUCUUGCGACGCGAUUUACGCUCCGCGAUCGUGCGGCAGGUCGCCGCGGAGGAAGCGACGUCGCUGCGCGCGUGCUGCGUCGGGAUCACGUUCCGGUCCGGCGGGGGCGGCGGCGGGGAGAAGCCCGCGGGUCCCGACGGCGAGGGUAAAGUAAACGGCGGCCGCGGCGGACUCCCGCGCGAGCACGUCCAAGCCGACUUCGACGUCAUCGCCCCGAAGGACGGCGCGGACCCUUCGAUCGCGGAGGCGGAAUGCGUGAAAUGCGUCUGGGACGCGCUCGUCGAGCGCGGCCUCGAACCCAAGGUGACGCUGAACCAUCGCAAGGUGCUCGCAUCCGGGUGGGUCAAGACGGGGGUGCCUCCGGAGGCGAGGGCGCGCGUCGCCGCGAUGCUGCGUCGAUACGCCGCCGCCGCGGAGCCCGCGGAGACGCCGAGGGUCGUCGCGGGGCUGGCGUCCGUCGGGAAGCAGACCCCCGCGGUCGCGGCGAAGGUGGCGUCGCUGCACGCGCUCGCGUCGGACGACGCGCGCGCGGCGGUGGAGUACCUCCGAGACGCGUGGUCGGACGCGGAGGGCGCCGCCGCGAUGGCGAACGCGUUGCGGCACGUCGGCGACGUCGCGACGCACCUCGGCUCCAUGGGCGUCCCGGCCCACGCGAUCGCGUUGGCACCGUUUUUGCCUCCCCCGGAGAGCUACCACGCCGGCGCGUACUUCGAGAUCACGGUCCGGUCGACGGGGAAGCGCGUCUGCGUCGCCGCGGGCGGGAGGUACGACGGAUGGAUGCAAGCCGCGUGGACGGCGCGCGGCGCGGGCGCGGCCGCCGGCGCGCCCGCGCCCGGCGGCUGCGGCGUCUCCGUCGCCGUGCGCAAAGCUGCGACGCUCGCCGCGGCGGCCGUCGGCGGCAGCGCGGGCGGUUCGGCUUCGUCCUCGUCCUCCGCGGCCGCGACGGACGUGCUCGUGUGCGCGCGAGGAGGCGGCGGGUUACUCCACGAGCGCCUCGCGCUCGCGAGCGAUUUGUGGCGCGUCGGCGUGAGAGCGGAGACGACGCCUUCCCCCUCGCCGAGCGCGACGGAGCAGUACCAGCACGCGAACGCCAGAGGCGCGCGGUGGAUGGUCACGAUCGAUCACUCGCUGUUGAUCGCGGGCGAGCGCGUGCGCGUGAAGUCGUUGACCGGGGGCGGGGGGUUCGGAAGAGGCGCGGAGAGGGACGUCCCGAGGGACGAAGUCGUCGAGGUGCUGCGCGGGGCGCUGUCGAAGACGCGCCGGCGGGAGGAGUGA